CCAACAGCCUAGCAACUUGUGCGGUCUCUGCUCCUCCUGAAGCUCCCGCAGGUAUCACGGCUGCUUGUCCUCCUGAUAGUGGACCAGAGGACGGCUGCGGAGGACCCGGAGGUGUGACAGCCGCUGGAGGACAACACGUCCGGACGUUAAAUCUGACACUGAGCGGAUACAAGAAGGAGGAGAAGAAGGAGCAACAGGAGGUUGAGCCGGACGGACAUGGCGGACGGCAGCAGGUUCCCAGCUCCCAGUUAAAGCCCAGGCAAAGCGAAACCAAAGGCCUGCUGGAGAGGAACACUUGUUUUAAUGCUACAUGGAUAGCCGGGACUCCCCAGGACUGUAAAGCCCUCCGCUGUAGCCGCAUGGCGUCCACUCAAGCCCGGCUGGGCCAGCAGGCCCUGGCGGUGCUGGACGUGGCUCUGCGAGUCCCCUGUAUCUUUAUUAUCGACGCCAUUUUUAAUUCUUACUACGACCCCGGGUCGGGAUGGGCCGGUGCCGUGGGGAAGGUGUUGGUCCGAGUCACCGGUGUCCUCAUCUCCAGCGUGGUGCUGCUGCUCUCCCAGAAAGCCUUGUUCAAGUUCUACACCCUCUUUUUUGCUGUUCUCCUGGGCAUGGCGGCGGUCCUCUUCAACUACUACGCCACCUCCCACAUAGACUUCUACAGCGCCUACUACAAAGCGGCCCUGGGGUUCAGGUUGCUGCCCAGAAACGGGCCGACGCUGUGGCUGGGGAUGGCCGCGGUUCAGCUCGUUUUCGGCGUGGGCUACGUGUUCCUGCUCAACCUCCAGUCGGUGUUCGCCGCGCUUGUGGUCCUGGACAUCAUGAUCCCUCUGUGGGGGCUGAUGAUCGAGCUGCCGGCGGACGUCAGGCAGCUGGUGGCCGUGUUCUCGGGCCUGGCGCUGGCUCUCAACACGGCUGUGUGUCUGGCCAUGAGGCUCAAAUGGUUUUACUACUCGUGCCGGUACGUGUACCUGCUCGUACGACACAUGUACAGGAUCUACGGGCUUCAACUGCUGCUAGAGGACACGUGGAAGAGGAUCAGAUUCCCUGACGUGCUGCGGGUGUUCUGGCUGACCCGGGUCACAGCCCAGGCGCUGAUCCUGGUCUACGUGGUGCGGGCGGUGAGGAGGGAGAGCGGCGAUGCCACAGGCGGUUCCGCAGAUGGUAGCUCCGACUCGCAGGGUUACCUGCUGAGCUGGGACGUGUUCUGGGAUCUGACGAGCAACCUGAUCAUCUCCGGCUGCGACUCCACGCUCACCGUCCUGGGGAUGAGCGCCGUUAUCUCCUCUGUCGCACACUACCUCGGCCUCAGCAUCCUGGCCUUCAUAGGUUCGACGGAGGAGGAGGACAAGCGUUUAGGCUUCGUGGCUCCUGUUCUGUUCUUCAUCCUGGCUCUGCAGACCGGCCUCAGCAGCCUGGACCCUGAGGAACGCCUGGUCCGUCUGAGCCGGAACAUGUGCCUUCUGCUGACGGCCAUCCUGCAUUUCAUCCACGGCAUGACCGACCCCGUCCUGAUGUCCCUAAGCGCCUCCCAUGUCUCCUCUGUUCGCCGCCAUUUCCCCGUCCUGCUGGUGUCCCUGGCGCUCUUCGCGCUCCCUGUGGUGCUCAGCUACGCCCUCUGGCAUCACUACGCCCUCAACACCUGGCUCUUCGCCGUCACGGCCUUCUGCGUGGAGCUCUGCCUCAAGGUGGUGGUGUCGCUGACGGUCUACGGCCUCUUCAUGGCGGAUGGCUUCUCCAACGUCCUGUGGGAGAAGCUGGACGACUACGUCUACUACGUGCGCUCCACAGGCAACAUCAUCGAGUUCCUGUUCGGCGUCAUCAUGUUCGGAAACGGCGCCUACACCAUGAUGUUCGAGUCGGGCAGCAAGAUCCGCGCCUGCAUGAUGUGCCUGCACGCCUACUUCAACAUCUACCUGCAGGCCAAGAACGGCUGGAAGACCUUCAUCAACCGCCGCACGGCCGUCAAGAAGAUCAACUCCCUGCCGGAGGUGCGCGGGGACCAGCUGAGGGACAUCGAGGACGUGUGCGCCAUCUGCUACCAGGAGUUUGCCACCUCGGCCCGCCUCACGCCCUGCAACCACUACUUCCACGCGCUGUGUCUGAGGAAGUGGCUCUACAUCCAGGACACGUGUCCCAUGUGCCAUCAGAGAGUUUACGUGGAGGACGAGAGCCGAGACAGAGCCGCCUUUUCUAACAACAACGGGGGCUACGCAGCGCCGCAGGACGCCGCUGCCGCAGCCCCGCCGGCACCGGGGGAAGACGAGCACGGACAGCCAGACGCCGAGCUGCCGGCGGAUGGAGCGGCAGCCGGCGUCCAGGCUGCGGGAGGAGCGGGGGAGCUCGACAACGAGCUGCUGGAGGACAACGACAGCAUAGAGUAUGACGAGGACGAGUGGGGGACUCAGAAUGGCAGCACGCCAAUAGAAGAAGACUACAUCAAUGAUGACACAGACUCCACGGAGGACUGACGAGGAAAGAUCUAUAGAAAGAAAUAUACAUAUAUCUUUAUUAUAUUUAAGUUAAAAAGAAUUCUAAAACUUCAGCAGCUUAAUUUGUUCUUGAAAAAUGUCAGGGAUGUCAUUCUGUUUUUUCUUGUUAGUUUCUUUUUGUUUGAGUUUGGGUUUUACUCUACAAGGGCUCGUGGAAAGAGAAACUGCUGCUCUCAUUCUGUGUGUGUGUGUGUGUGUGUGUGUGUGUGUACGCGCGCUGGGGCUACAUGAUGUAGACCAAAAACUCAUACUGGUGGUUUUUUUUCACUUUAUCCCCAAACUAGUGGAGAUCCUGAUACAAAUCUUGCUAUGCGGGCACAGCUGCCUCGACACAGUUUAUUUCCCAAUGCCUCAGCUGAUACACGUCAGUAAGUUGAACUAAAUAAUCUGCAGCGUAUAUCUUAACACAUUCUGCCGGGUCUCGUAUCUUGACACGAGCUGUAGAGACAUUUUCCCCCCAGAGAAAGAGAAAAGAAAGGAACAGAAGCCACACUUCCGUUAGAUCACAACUUUGUUUAGGUUUUGUCACUUAUGCAGCCCAGACGUGUGUUUGUGUGCGUGUCUGCCGACAUGUAAUGUGCUUAGACGAUGUCUUAAAGAUGCAGUUUGUGUUCCCUAGCCGUGUAUUAUUGGGGAAUCGUUGGAGUGUGAGUUCAUUAACAACAAAUCUGUGGCGCGACUAAACACUUUAAAGCUUCAAUCGGUCUGUAAGUCAGGCUUUGGGAGUUUGUAGAAAGAUGCGUUAUGAGCACUGAAACACAUUUUUGUACUCUUCCGUUUGAAACCUGCUGGCUCUACUUUCUCCAGCUUCCAAAAAUGAUCGGUUAACAUGCUUCAGGGUCACGUCCCCAUCAGUUACACUCACGAUUCGGGCCUCGCUUGCUCUCUAAACCCGCCUCGACUGCUCCCACAUCCUGACCGGCAGAGUGAUCACAGCUCCGGUUUAACAUUUUUGUCCUUAACGAACUUAAAAAACAGAAUUUUUGUGAACUCGUCCAGAGUAAGAAUGAAGGCAGGAGAAUGAAGCUGUUUUCUAUGGACUCUGCGCCAACCAGAGAAAAACAGAGAGGUGUGUCUGAUUUAAAAAAAAAAACAACAAAAACAAUAAAAAACAAUGACUUGCUACUGUAAUCACUGAUAUACCUCUAUCAUUACUUACUACUGGUCUCUUGUGUGACCUGCUUACAUUUGUGUACGUUAUUGUACAUGUAAUAAAACAAAAACGUGCACACAUUGUCCCUUAGGAUGAGAAAAGAGUUUGUUUUCAAUAAUUCUGCUUUCCACAUUGAUUCAGUAUUUGGUUUGUUCCUGACCCAGAUCUUGUUGUUUGUAAUAAGAGCACUGGUAUGGCAUCGCAGUGUACGCCACAUUUGAAGAGCUCUAUUCCAAAAAAAAGUGAAAAUGUAUUGGGUAAGAUGAUUAUUGCUUGAUGCUCAUAAAAGUACAGUAUGAAAAGGUGCCACUUGUUUCGUCUACCAGGUACUUUCACUUCUUUCAAAAGGAAAAAGAAAAGUACCAUCAUUUGUUUUACAUGUCGGUUAUUAGUCAUGUUGUAAGAGCGGAUGUCCUUUCUGUCCUCGGGAGGGUGGUCAUAGCAUUGAGUCAAUGCACUUUUUCUGUUUGUAAUCACUGGCACAGACAGGAGCUCUUUUCGUUCUGUCCAACUCACCGUGACGACUGCACCUUUCCGAAGGCUCAAACUGUGCUUCUAGUCUCAGGGUCCCACUGCGCGGCUGGAAGACUAUUUUCAAUAUAUUGAGGAAUUUCCAGGCCAAAAAAAAAAAAAAAAAAAAAAAAAUCCCAAGGAGCUGCAGAAAAGUCUGGAAAAGUACAGGUGUGUUUUUUUUUUUUGUUGCAGUAGAAUUGUGACUGUCUGAAGUUGGAAAGACAUUUCAAUCUGUGAUAUUUGUCAUAAUGUUGAGCUACACGAAGCAGUUUCUGGGUUCAGUUUGUGCAGCAGCGAGACGUCCUGCUGAACAUCGAUCCAAAACCUUUUUACUACUGGCACGAAGGAAAGGCCCGGAAAAUAUUUAGGGGCCACGUUUUCACCUUAUUUGACAGUACAGCCCGGCCAAUACAGUGACUCAGUGACUACAGAGAUCUUCAUUAAGAAUUUGUAUUAAAAAGCUUUCAAGCACAACUCCUGCGAGUAUUGCAUUGUUUAGACUUCCACAGCCUGAACGUCUUAAGGGUUUGACUACAAACUCACGCUCAUUACUGUUGUAAUUGCUGGUUGCUGCGAGGAAUCCAUUGAGUUCUUGUUGAUAAUGAGAAAAAAAGAUGGGGUCUAAUUUGAUAAGAAAGCUGUGCUUUUUGACAUGUUUCAGCUAUGAAGGACUUUGAUUAUUAGUUUGAUUGUUCUGAAAGCUUUUUAAAAGGUAAAAGCUGUUCAUUUUGCCUUUUGUUUUAAAAAGAGAUUUAUGUAAAUAAAAUCAUCUUUGAUAUUG